CAUAUACAACAUACACCACUAGGACACCACUAAGCUAUUUUCACUGGAGAGAAUUAUGGUCAUCUUUUGAUACCUUGGAUAGCUAGCUACCGACUACAGAGGUGUGCUGUUCUGGUUUAUUUUUUUGGGAGCCAAUUCAAUAAUGUCCUUGUCUGUACUGCUUGCUGGUCGGCACUGCACAUUUCUGUCAGCAAAGCAUGCAUGCAAUGUUUCUUUCUCAGCAAGGAAAAAUCAGACCAAUCAACAACUAAAAUCUAGACUACCUACAUGUCUACAUUCACAGCGCACUUACAAGACUGUGUUUCUGUUCUUUGUUCUUGAAAUCUUCUCUUGGGACAAUGUAUUAAGGGGGGAUAUAAACGGCUUCGUAUUUUGUAUUACCUACGGAUACUCAGACCAUCGAGAUCAGCACUUUCACCGAAUUAUUCCUCUUUAUUUGGCCUGGAGCGUCCUGUCCUGCUUGCUCGUGUGUUAUUUGCCCAGGACUUACUCACCAACUGCUAACUUGAAAACGGGAUGGGCUCUCUGGAUGCUGUGAGGCCGCCCGGUCUCUAUCUAGGCAGGUAGCUAUUGGGGACAGACAUGCAUCUCCUUGGGUGGCACAUUGCAGCUAAGGUAAGGCACUGAAGGUAGGCAUUUUGCUGUUAUGCAUGCAUAGAGGGCGAGCAAAGACGAGACGAGACGGAGAGCAAGGCCGAUGUAUGGA